CCCCUACCAUGGUGGUUACAAAAGCAAGCUUAUUUUGUGCCAUUUCUUUCCAGAGGAAGACCAGAGACAUCUACAAAGAACUUGCCAAGAAGGAUGACUUUGAUGGUUACAACUUUGAAGAAAUGUUUAAUUCUGCCACCAACAAGGACGUCACCCAGCGCAUCAUCAAGGCUGUGAUUGAUGUCAGUGGGAAAGGCGACUUUCCACAUUUGCAUAUUGAAGAGGCAUUAAGGAUCUACUUCAGAAGCCUGAGAGAUCAACAUAAACGUCAAUCGAAGGGGAUAGACAAUGCCCAUAAGAUUAAGUGCCGCCGGCAAAUACGUCUUAGAGAGAAGUGUGAACAACUCGAAAGAGCUUUGCAAGUGAGUGGUUGGGAUGAAGACGCAUGA